GCUUCUUUUGUCCCUCUGAGGGGAUUGGUUUGGUGUUGUCUGUCCCACUCCCGUAGCAAUGGCGAUGGCAAGGUUUGUCGGUGUAAUGCUUUUGGUGCUCCUUGCCAUUUCCAUGCUUGAAGCCCAGGUAUCAUCGGCCACUGAUACGCAGUACCACUUGGACAGCAGCCGAAAUGGAUCUGGGAGUCUGAAAAGCUACCAGUGCCCCUCACAGUGCUCUAGGAGGUGCAGCCAAACACAGUACCACAAGCCAUGUAUGUUCUUCUGCCAGAAGUGCUGUAAGAAGUGCCUGUGCGUUCCUCCUGGCUAUUACGGCAACAAGGGUGUUUGCCCUUGCUACAACAACUGGAAGACCAAGGAGGGUGGCCCUAAAUGCCCGUAAAAAAUAGAGAUAUUCUCAUUUGCAACCCAGU